AUGAGGGGUGGCAGUGCCUGGUCCCCCAGUGUUCGAGUCCUGGGUGGACAAAGAGGCUUCCAUAAAGAGAGGAUGGCCAGUGGGAAUGGGCUCCCUUCCGCCUCGGCCCUAGUGGCCAAGCGCCCCUCCGCCCUGGGCCCAUUCCCCAGAUACAUCUGGAUCCACCAGGACACUCCCCAAGAUAGCUUAGAUAAGACUUGCCAUGAGAUCUGGAAAAGAGUACAGGGUCUGCCAGAGGCCCUGCAGUCCAGGACAUCCAAGGAGCAGCUCCCUGAGCUGCUGCCUGCCGCCCUGGGUGACAGCAGUCUCAGCUUCCAAGAAGAAGCUCUGGAGUUCAGCAGCUGCAAAGACGAGAUCUCCCUAUUAGUGGAGCAGGAGUUCUUGAACCUCACCAAGGAGCAUGUCCUCCUGGUCACAGAGAGCCCGGGGCCCCUGGAGGGGCCCCACAAGUCUCCGGAGAGCCCCAGACACUUGGCUCCCUGCCUUCUCACACCCCCCCUGAUGGCAGAGAGCAGCGAGCACCCAGGAGCCUCCCUCCUCACCAGCGACAAGCUUCUGGAGCCGAAGAUGACAAUGUCCCUUCUCGGUGGCCGGCAGGACUACGACUCUGCCAUGUCUACAGUCACAGGCAUCCUGCGUGCUGCCAAGGUCAAGAGUGCCAAGGGGUCAGACGGGGGAGGCCGCAGCCUGAGUACCUCCAACUCGGAGAUCAGCAAACUCCUGGCUCAGUUCCCCCUCAAGUCUACAGAAACGAGCAAGGCCCCUGACAAUAAGAUGGUGUUGAAGGAGACGAAGGUCAUCAAGGAUUUCCUGCAGAAUAACAUGUUCAAUGGCCCUGGACCCAAGGAGGCCUCUGGGCUGGGCCCCUUCUUGCUGCUGCCACCGCCACCUCCGUCCACUCCCCCUGACAAGCUCUCUGAGCAACCCGCUCAGAAGAGGCAGCUCCCCGUGUUUGCCAAGAUCUGUUCCAAGCCCGAGGCCGAACCCAUCAUGGAGGAGCACCACUUGAUGGAACGGAACCCUGGUACCAAGGAGACAAGCAAAAGUCGAGAGAGCCUCUUUCUCAGUCAGUGGCCCCAGGGCCGGAAGGACGCCCGUGAUGAGGAAGGCGGCAGUGAGCCUGUGGGCUCUGUGUCCACGGCCCAGCCAGCCAAGAAGCCUGCUGCAUGGCCGGCUGAGAAGAACCUGUUCUAUGAGUUUCUUGGGGCCACCAAGAACCCAAGUGGGCAGCUGAAGCUUCGCAGCAAAGUGGAGGUGGAAGGGUUGGAGCUGAAAUUUAACCCACCUGUGACAGCUGCAGACAAGAACAACCUCAAAUACACAGGGAAUGUGUUCACCCCACGCUUUGCCACCACAUUGACCUCAGCAACCCUCAACCAGCCGCUCUGGCUCAACCUCAACUAUCCUCCCCCACCCAUGUUCACCAACCACUCUACCUUCCCGCAGUACCAGGGCCUUUACCCUCAGAGAGCAGCAAGGAUGCCUUAUCAGCAGCCCCUGCACCCCCAGCUGGGCUGCUACUCCCGACAGGUGGCGCCCUACAGUGCGCAGCAGACCGGACAGCAGGUUUUCCGCUCUUCCUACACCCCCCUGCUGAGCUACAUCCCCUUUGUGCAGCCCAACUACCCGUACCCUCAGAGGACGCCUCCGAAGCUGCCCACCAACCCGAGAGACGCUUCGCCCAUGGCAGGUGACGGGCCGCAGUACCUGUUCCCCCAGGCCUACGGAUUCGGCUCAACAUCCGGUGGGCCCCUGAUGAACAGCCCCUACUUCCCCUCCAGUGGGAAUGGCAUCAAUUUUUAG